AUGGGGAUGUCAAACGCAGAGCGUCAAAGGAAGUUUUGUUCCAGAUGGGAUGAGGAUGAAACAAGAAGAAAGUAUUUGCAGGACUCUAAAGAAAAGUACAAGAAGGACAAAACAUUGGGGAAAAGAAAACAGAUUACAGAUAUGACACAAAGAGAAAAAAGGCAUCAAAGAAAGAUUUGGCGAGUGCAGAAAAGGAAACUGAAAGAAAGAAGAAAGGCUGAACAAGAAAGAAUAUUAACACCCCCUUCUUCACCUGUGACACCAGAAAAGAGACAGAAAAGACAGAUCGAUGAUAAACAAAUGGAUCCAUAUGACAGGAAAAAAGAAUUCAAAACAUACCUGCAAAAACUGGCAAAGUGUAGAACAUUUUGUGAGCUGCAGACUGAAUGCAAGCAGAUCAAUGAUACAAUUGAGAUGGGAACGGCCAAUGAAAUCAGAAAAGCUGAUGGAACGGAGUGCACAUUCAAGGAAUUCAUGGAAAGCAGUGUUGACAGUUUGAAUAUAGGAAUUGGUAAGGUAGACGGGGCAAAUAAUGGGACAGAAAGUGAUAGUAAAGAUACCAGUUCAAAGGUAAAUGGGUCAAAUGGUGGGACAGAUAGUGAUAGUAAAGAUGUUGAUGAGAAAUUAGAUGGGGGAAAUGGUGGGACAGGUGGUGAUAAAACAGAUGAUGAUGCAAAGGUAGAUGGUUCAAAUGGUGGGACAGAUAGUGAUAAAACAGAUGAUGAUCCAAAGAUAGAUGGGGCAAAAGAAGGGACAGAUGGUGAUAGUAAAGAUGCUGAUGUGAAGGUAGACGGUUCAAAUGGUGGGACAGAAAGUUAUAGUAAAGAUGCUGUUGCAAACGAUGAUCGGGAACAACAUGAGACAGAACAUGUAAAUACCGAUUUAAAUGACCAUGAAGGUGUAAGUAUGGGAGAGAAACAUCGGAACAAGAUCAGUGACAUUGACACAAAUUUUGACACAUGUAUAUAUAAAGAGAAACAUGUUCUUGUGAAUUUCAAUGGAAAAGCACAUGUUGGUAUUGUGAGAGACAAACUUGUCAUCUGUAUUAGUAGACUGUAUGCGCCGAAAUGGUAA